GUUUGAGUGAGAAUGGGUGAGGAUGGGGAGAGAGUGGUUCGGGUCUUGAACCGGGUCAAGCUGUACUUGGCGGUGGUGCUCCUCCAGUUCGGAUUGGCGGGGAUGGCGAUAGUCGCCAAGUUCUCCUUCAACAAAGGAAUGAGCCAGCACGUCUUCGUCGUCUAUCGACAUGCGUCGGCCACCGUACUCGUUGCUCCUUUCGCCAUCCUCUUUGAGAGGAAGACAAGGCCAAAAAUGACGAGGUCCAUCCUUUGGAAGAUCUUGUUGCUAGGCUUACUGGAGCCAGUGAUCGAUCAGAAUCUGUAUUACACGGGAAUGAAGUUAACAACUGCGUCUUUCACGGCCGCCAUGUCCAAUAUGCUUCCUGCUUUCGCGUUCCUCAUGGCCUGGUUUUUCGGGCUUGAGAGAUUGAGCAUAAGAAGCAAGCACAGCCAAGCCAAGAUAGUGGGAACCCUGGUCACCAUAGGAGGAGCGAUGCUCAUGACUCUAGCGAAAGGUCCUGUUCUUGGUCUUCCAUGGACAGAAUCAACUUCAACACACGCUGAUUCAGAUGGUGUUGUGCAAAAACCAAUCGAGGGUGCUCUUAUGAUCACCUUAGGCUGCUUCUGCUGGGCUUCUUUCUUCAUUCUCCAAGCGAUCACGCUGAAAUCAUACCCAGCAGAGCUCACAUUGACGGCUCUGAUAUGUCUGACGGGGACGUGCCUCGGAGCGGUUUUCGCUUUUGCGAUGGAAAGAAGCAACUUUGCCGCUUGGUCUCUCCAGUUUGACGUCAAGCUCUUGGCAGUUGUCUACGGUGGCAUAGUAUGUUCUGGGAUGGGUUACUACAUUCAAGGGGUGGUGAUGCAGGUAAAGGGGCCAGUUUUUGUGACUGCCUUCAAUCCUCUGCAAAUGGUCCUGGUAGCAAUCCUGGGAUCCUUCACUUUACAUGAGAUCUUAUACCUUGGAAGGGUUAUCGGAGCACUUGUGAUUGUUCUCGGCCUGUAUCUUGUCCUGUGGGGCAAGAGCAAAGAUCAGCCUGCGACGGGAAGCAGUGAAAAGCAAGAAACGUUGAACCUACAAUUAGCCAAUACAAGUUUUGCAGACGGGAAUGCAGAGGCUGCUGCUUCCUCGUAUGUCAUCGUUGAUGUCACCAAAGUGAGGCCGACCGAAGCCGUUUGAAGGGGAAGAACAAGCUCCAAAAGUAACAGCAAUUCAAGAACUUGAGUUGUUUUUUCAAAUAUGGAUAUUCGACCUCAAUGUUCUGUUGUUUAGUCAUGUUUGUUGUGUUUAUGUGAAGUUGAUGUUCAUCACUCAAUAAAGCCAAAGCCACCUUUUCGCAUGCAAUAGUGAAAAAGGCAAAUUUUGGUGUA